CGAGAAUCACUUCCUGAAAAAGAAAAAUCCGUCUUCACCGUUUAUAUUCACUGUCCUCUUGCCCCACCCACUCCCAGACCCGCAGAGACUUUGAGUUGAUGGAAUGGAAUUCCGCAAAAACACCAACAACCCUAGCUAGCUAAGCUACUAUUCAUCAUGAAUCUAUCUUUCAAUCACCACCCAAACCCUAGCCCCCCAUGAUCCAGUCUUUAAAGUUUCUGCUUGGACAGAUUCCGCCCAGUUUCGAUUCCUUUGCGCCAGUCUGUUAGUCGUCUCUAUAUAAGGUAAGUUCAUCUCUCACUUUUCUCCAGAUCAGAUCUCUUCACCGAAUUUGUUUCUUUGUUUGUUUCCCGAAAUUGGGUGUUCAAAGAUCUGAUCUUUUUCGUGUUUUUUGAGAAGAUCCAGUUAGGGAUGGGGUUCGAGUGUGUCUCUGGUAUGGCGAAUCCAUGGUGGAGUGGGAAUGUAUCUAUGAAUCAAAUGAAUCAAAUGGAGAUGAACAGCCAUCUUGGGCUGAUGAGGGUCGGGCAGGAGUUCUUGCCGGCCGGAGAAGCCACCAGCAGCGGUAGUCAGAACCCUGGCAGCGAUGGGAACCACGGCGGUCAGGACGAGGAGGCUGAGUACGACGGCGAGGAGCAAAACGCCAUCGUUGCUCAUGAACAGGGCACAACUUCCGGCCGCCGGCCGAGGGGGAGGCCGCCGGGGUCCAAGAACAGGCCCAAACCUCCGGUCAUCAUAACUAAGGAGAGCCCCAAUUCCCUCCGCAGCCACGUGAUGGAGAUCAGCAGUGGGAGUGACAUUAUUGAGAGCAUCGCCGCCUUCGCGCAGCAGCGCCGCCGUGGAGUAUCGGUCCUAAGCGGCAGCGGGAUAGUGGCCAAUGUGAGCUUCAGGCAGCCUACGGUUCCCGGCGGGGUGAUUACUCUCGAGGGGAGGUUCGAGAUACUGUCUUUGUCCGGAUCUUUUUUGCCGGCUCCUUCGCCUGCCGGAGCCACGGGAUUGACGGUGUACUUGGCCGGUGGUCAGGGCCAAGUUGUGGGCGGAAUUGUUGUUGGGGCACUGAUGGCUUCGGGGCCGGUGAUGGUCAUCGCCGCCACUUUCACCAAUGCAACCUACGAAAGACUGCCCCUCCCGGAGGAAGAGCCGCCGCUGCCGACAAAUGAAGGCGGUGGAGCAAGAACUGCUGAUCCUUCACCUCCUCCAUCCAUCCCUUUGUACAACUUACCGCUAAACUUGUUAUCCAACAAUGGCCACAUUCCCCAUGAGGUGUUUUGGUCUACUCCUCCUCGUCCACCGCCCUCUAACUAUUAAGAGUUCGUUUGGUAACAAUGGAGGGGAUAUCGGGACACUUGGGACCUUUCCUAUCCAACGCGGGGCUAUAGAGAAAUUAUGCGUACAUAUCGCUCUCAAUUGACCAUUAUCUUCAACUGAAACUCCCGCAUCUUGAAUCAACCGAAACGCUCCUUAUAAAGCUCUUGGAGUAAAGAAACUCUCCCAAAUCCCAUAUUCCCUCCCAGACAAGGCCUAAGUUAUAUACUUCAUCAGUCUUAAAAAAACAUCUUUGUAAUAAUGCUCUAUAUGAAAUUUUAGAAAGCAAUCAUGAACUAAGUAGUGUAUAUGUAAGGAGACCUAAGAUAGAGCAAGUUUAAGAUUUUCAUGGUAGAUCAGACUUUAUUGUGCACUCAGUAAAUAUAUCAUUCUCUUGUUAGGUUUUACAUGAUCAUUCCAUUAUUGCAUUGUAUUGAGAUUUGUUGUUGUUUCUAGGGUUUAACAUUGUUGUAUGUGAGUAUGGAUGUUAAUUAAAUCAGAUUUCAUUCUAAACUUGC